GAGCGCGGCUGCGGCAUGGACACGUCGGAGCCGGGCAGCGCCGCCGAGGAGGAGGAGGAGAAGGCGCCGGAGCAGCGGCCCCGCACCCGCUCCAACCAGGGCGCUGAGGACCGGGCGCUGAGCGCCCAGGCCAGCGUGGGCAACCGCAGCGAGGGCGAGGGCGAGGCGGCCAGCGCCGAGGACAGCCCCCAGGGCACCGCCGCCCCCGACGGCACCGCCUGGCCCGGCCCCGCGCACCCCACCGAGGUGCAGGUGAAGACGCCGCGGGUGAACUGCCCGGAGAAGGUGAUCAUCUGCCUGGACCUGGCCGAGGAGAUGGCCCUGCCCAAACUGGAGUCGUUUAAUGGGUCCAAGACCAACGCGCUGAACAUCUCCCAGAAGAUGAUCGAGAUGUUCGUGAGGACGAAGCACAAGAUCGACAAGAGCCACGAGUUCGCGCUGGUGGUGGUGAACAACGACGCCACGUGGCUCUCAGGGUUCACCUCGGACCCCCGCGAGGUCUGCAGCUGCCUCUACGACCUGGAGACUGUCGUCUGCAAGUCCUUCAAUCUGGAGGGGCUCUUCAACCUCAUCCAGCAGAAGAUCGAGCUGCCGGUGACGGAGAACGUGCAGACCAUCCCGCCGCCCUACGUGGUGCGCACCAUCCUGGUGCUCGGCCGCCCGGGCUGCCAGCCCCAGUUCUCCGCCUCGGAGCAGAUGAAGAAGAUGCUGCAGUGCCCCUACUUCUUCUUCGACGUGGUUUACAUCCACAACGGGGCGGAGGAGAAGGAGGACGAGACGAGCUGGAAGGAGCUGUACGCCUUCUUCAGCAGCCUGGACGCCAAGGGCACCAACUACAAGUACGAGGUGGCGCUGAUGGGGCCGGCCGUGGAGCUGCACAACUGCAUGGCCAAGCUGCUGGCGCACCCCCUGCAGCGCCCCUUCCAGACCCACGCCGCCUACAGCCUGCUGGAGGGCGACGAGCCCCCCGAGGCCGAGGCCACCGUGUGAGCCCCCCCCACCCCCCACCCCGAGGUCAAGGUCACCGUGUGAGCCGGGCACACGGGGCCACCGUGGAGCCGCCGCCGCGUGCCGGGCGCUGCCCCAGGAGCGACCCCGCGCGCGCGUUUGCCGGGUGGUGGGGAUUGGGGAAAAAAAACGUGUUUUCA